AUGGACGUGAUCAUCCCCUUCUCGCCAGACGUGCCCUGCGACAACAAUGGCCAGCGCAUGUGGUGGGCAUUCCUCGCCUCCUCCAUGGUCACGUUUUUCGGGGGUCUCUUCAUCAUUCUCCUGUGGAGGACCCUCAAAUACCUGUGGACCGUCUGCUGCCACUGUAACAUCAAAAAGAAGGUAAUGACAAACACCUCAACCGUCAACGCACCGUGCAUCCCCCUGGAUCUGGCAGGUGAGCUUCGUGAGAACCACAUGAACGCCAAGAAAGAAGCUACAGCCGCCAAGCUGGCCUCCAAGCAGGCCGCCAAGCAGGCCUCCAAGCAGGCCGCCAAGCAGGCCUCCAAGCAGGCCUCCAAGCAGGCCGCCACGCAGGCCUCCACGCAGGCCUCCAAGCAGGCCGCCAAGCAGGCCUCCAAGCAGGCCUCCAAGCAGGCCGCCAAGCAGGCCGCCAAGACUGUGUGUGUGGACUGCGUGUCUGUGGAUGCAGACUCUAAGUUCCUGUGUUUUAACUCGUCCCUGAAGAGAGGGUUCCUCUCCUCAUCACCCUAA